GGGGGCGUGGGUUCGAAUCCCACCGCUGYCACAUGUUCUUUUUCAAUUCAUUCACAAUUUCUUUGGUCUCCUUAUUAUCGCCAACGUGGAAACUAUAACACAUUACUCCCGAGAUGUGAUUAAUAAAAUGUGAAAAACUUGCGUGUUUCAUAUACUGCUACAGACACGAGCUCCUCCCCACGUGCCUCUGUGUGGAGCUGACUCAACAUCAUACCUUCACCCCAGCAGCAUUGAGUUAACUUCUGUUGGUUCUUCAACGAUCGUCCUGGACGUCUCACGCACGCAUGAAACUGUUUAAACCGGGCGGUGAAAAGUGCAGGUUUGGUUGGAUCCCUGACAUCAUCAGCUCCUCUCUCUUGUGACAUCUUUCAGCUUCUGGCUGUGAUUUCAUCAUUAUGGCCAGCAGUGAAGAAGACGACCCCAUUAUAGAUGAGAUCGAUGUGUACCUCGCCAAAAGCCUUGCAGAUAAACUUUAUCUUCUCCAGUAUCCAGUGCGACCGGCCACUAUGACCUAUGAUGAUGUCAAUCAUCUGUCAGCUAAGAUCAAACCCAAACAGCAGAAGCUGGAGCUGGAAAUGGCCAUCAACACCAAAAGUCCAAAUUACUGUCGCAGUAAAGGAGAGCAAAUAGCUCUAAAUGUGGACGGCAUGUCCUACGAUGAAACCAACACUUACUCAUCAAAAAUGAUGGACAAACAGACGUUUUCCUCCAUCCAGGCCACGACCAACACCUCCAAAUAUGCAGCUGCUUUGUUUCGCAAAGGUGAGCUUCAUAUCACCCCGCUGACGGGAAUCCUGCAGAUGAGACCUAGUUUCUCUUAUUUGGACAAAGCUGACAACAAAACCAGAGAGCGGGAGGCGGCUAAUGAAGGUGGAGACUCCUCCCAGGAGGAAACUGAAGAGGAAGCGAAGGCGAUCACGGUGAGGUUUGCCCGUCCCGAAUCGGAGCAGGCCCGGCAGAGGAGAAUCCAGUCUUACGAGUUUCUGCAGAAGAAGCAGGCGGAGGAGCCCUGGAUCCACCUGCAGCACCACCGGGCGAAGGACGGGCGCUCGGAGCAYGAAAAGCAGUACUUGUUCUGUCAGUCUGUAGACGCUUCGCAGAACUCUGAACUGGUCAAAACUCCAAAGGAGUACUUGACGAUGCUGAUGCCCCCUCUCACGGAGGAGAAAGUCGUGAAACCAGUCGGCCCCAGUAAUGUGCUCUCCAUGGCUCAGCUCCGCACCCUGCCGCUUGGCGAUCAAGUCAAGACGCUGAUGAAGAACGUCAAGGUGAUGCCGUUUGCCAACCUGAUGGGGCUGCUCGCCUCUGGUAUCGACCAGACCGCGGUGCUGCGCUGCAUCCAGCAGGUGGCGCUGCUGGUUCAGGGAAACUGGGUUGUAAAAAGUGAUGUUCUGUAUCCUAAAAACACCUGCAGCGCUCACAGUGGUGUCUCUGCUGAAGUGCUCUGUCGUGGCAGAGACUUUGUGAUGUGGAGAUUCACUCAGGAGCGCUCCGUGAUGAGAAAAGAAAUUGCAUCCAUCAUCAAACUUCCUCCUGAGGAUGUGAAGGAGUUCCUCGAACACGUAGCAGCUCCUCGGGUCAACCGUGGCUGGGAGUUUCUGCUGCCCACUGAUCUGGACUUCAUCAAGAAGCAUCCAGAUAUCRCCCACAGGCAGCAGAUGUUGUGGCUUGGUAUCCAAAGCAAGUUGGAAAAGGUUUUUAAUUUCUCCAAAGAAGAUUUUGUGCCAAAGAAUGACCCGCAGCCAGAGCCCGUCCACGUCAGCGGGGAGCAGCGUCUGAGGAUGGCUCAGGAGCGAGCGCAAGAAAAGCAGACGUCGCUGCAGCGGGACCUGGAUGUCAGACGUGCAGGGAGCAGUGUUUCAACCAACCGGCAGCCCGUCAGGGAGGACGAGCCGAUGGACACCUCCAUCCCCAACGGUUCUGUKAACGGUUACAGCAGCUCCGCCUCUCCGGGUUUUGAUCUCUCCAACGGGGGGAGCCCCUCCAGCAUGUUGUCCCCGGAGCUGCAGGACUUCGUGACAAAGACUUUCCGGAAGCAUUUUGUGCUGACGCUGAACGAGCUGAAGCGGCUGUUUAACCUUCACCUAGCUUCCAUGCCGGCGGGACAGAGCGCCCUUCGCUCCGUCUCGGACCACGUGCUGCAGGAYGCCGUGCUGCUCUGCCAGUGCAAACAGAUAAUGGUGCCUUUUCCAGCUCAGACUAAAGCAGCUCCUGAYGAGCAGAAGGUUUUCGGCUUGUGGGAGAAGGGAGACGGCUUCGACCAGCACCGUCGGCUGCUCUACGAGUUGUUCACAAAGAACUACCGGGCCAGGAGGGCCGCGAUUCAAUCCAAACUGGCUCAGGAGCUCRGAGAACCAACCAAAGCCGAGCUCGACCGGCUGCUUCACGAGUGCUGCGUCAGCUAUGCGGGGAUGUGGUACCUUAAGGGAACGCUACCGUCCUGACCCUGACAGCAACCCCMCCCCCCACCCCAGCCCCCCCCACUGACAGAUAAUUAAAUUUUCUCCCUGGUGUCGGAUGGGAGGGCAGAAGAGCCAGUCACAGCAGCCGGUUCCGGUCUGCGAACCGAUGGAGGACAGAGACGUGGGACUCUGCUGCUGCUCGUCAGAGGCUUUGCUGACUUCAGAGGAAACGUUUCUGACUCAAAACUGUAAAUCUGUGAGAAAACAGACACUCUCUCAAAACKGAGGAGUCUGCAGAUAAACUGAAUAUUUAAAAAAAGAAAAGAAAGUAAAAUAUAUGUACAUUUACCAUGACUUAUUUUAUGUUCAUGGUGUUUGUGUUUUUUUUAUUGACAGGUUGGGUUUGAAAGCAGAAUGCUUUCAUGUUCCUCCUAUAGUUUUUUGCGAAGCAAACCUAAAGGCCUUAUGAGGAAAAUCMAUUUAAUAUCAAUUUUAAGAUGAUUUCUUUGUUUGUGUGACACAWUUUUGGUUCAGAAUAUUUGAUGCAGACAUAAAAAUGGAUUAAAGCUUCAAGAAGGAUCCAUCUCAGAUUUGUAAUGUUUUUUUGGGACUCGUGGACCUGCAGAAAACUGCUUAUUUUUCUGCUUUUCUGUGUUUAUCUUUAAAACGUUUACUUAUUCAUCAGUUUUGACAAGUGGAUUAAAAGGUUGAUAUUGAAGGUGUUUUCUUAUUUGAAGCUGAAUGUAGGUUUUCUAUUGGAGUGACUGAAUUUUGAACAGAACCAAUAAAGAAGCAAUUUGGGAUAAAAUGUAACUGAAA